UUUAAAUUAAUAAAAUGAUUCUCAGAUUGUCAAAGAGAUAUACUUAAAUUGGUUUGCGCACAUUUUAGCUGAAAUAGACUGUGAGUUUCAAGUGAAUUUUAGAGAAAAUGGAUUUUAUUCCGUUCAAUAACGGUGGGUCGAACAGAAACAAAACAUCUUCACCACACAGUUUUAAAAACAAUGGUAACUCACAAAAGAAAUCCUCAGACACAAACAGCAAUAUGAAAAAAUCAUUAUCAUUUGGAAGUCCAGCGGUAAACAUGCCUGCGUUCGGCAGCCCAGCUGUAAACUUUGGUGCACCAGCUGUGCAGAACAGUGGUCACCCUGGACUAAAUAGGUACAACACAACUCCGAGUCCAAGGCAUUUUAGCCCACAGACACAGUAUUCCCCGCGUGCACAUGUACACAACCAGAGUCCGUUUCAGCGAAGUCCCAGAGGACAAAGCCCGCAUCAAUAUUCACCUUAUGGGGGUAAUAAACAAUCGGAUGAUUAUUAUAGAUUCUCUAGAGAUGGAAGUAGUUUUAAAACUCCACAUCAGUUUUCACCUAGCCGUGGAAGGGGGAAUGGUAGAAAAUCCUUCAACAGACAAUUUCAACAGAAUUCAUCCUUUGACUGUAAUGCUGGCGGCAGUUUAAACAUUGAAGACUAUUACCUACCUAGUAUGGUUGAAGAUCCUUGGUGCAAUUAUAAACCAGUCUUUCUAAAGACCUGAUAAAGUUCAGGCCAAAGCAACAUGUGUUACUAGUUACUGUUAGGUAAUAUUGAAAGAAGAUCUCAUCCGAUAAAAGGAUAAAUAAUGUGUUUAUUAAAACAGUGUUCACCUCACUGGCUGAAAUUUGUUUUUGUAGAAGUAAAAAUUGUUGUGGGAUAUUCAAAUAAAAAACAUGACGUACAAGUGGGUCCGACUUACAUAUAUAUAUAUGAGUAUCAUUACUGGAGUGACAGCAUAUGAAUGGUGUAUGGGUAGUGAGAAAAAUUCAGUUUCAAAAAAAAAACACACAAAAAAAACCAGAUAACAAGCUCAAUUGCUCAACUGUGCAUUCAUUUCUAAAAUGUUUUCAAAAUAGAGGAAACGUUCUCCUAUUUGCUAAUGAUGUGGAAAGGGAGAGUUAUUU